AAUCUCGUGUGACAGCUCGAUAUCUCGUGUUUUAUUCGUGAAUUUGAUUAAUUUGAUAAUAAAACAAUAAUUAAAAAUCCUCUUCUAUGAGUAUAUUGACAAUGGUUAUUAACGAAUUAACUUAAAGUUUAGAAUAGCUAAGUUUGUGACGGGCAGUGAGACAGUAAAACGUCCUUUUUGUGAUGGAUAGUGCUAGCGGUAACGUUGGUGAAAUGGGUCGGAGAACCGGAGAACUUUUAAGGCGUAUCAACCGCUUCACAGACGGCCCCAUGACGAGGAAGAAGCUGAUAAUACUCUUCCUGGUGGUCAUCUUCCUGCUCCUCUACGUUGGUCCAUCUUUGAUGAGCUGGUUCUUUAACAGUGAGGAUUCGGCGACGGGUCAGAGUUUUUGCCAGCAGCAAUUUUUAAAUCCCUUCCAAGACGCUAUCGGCGAUUAUGACACUUAUAUGAGACCUGAGAGCGAAGCUACAUUAUCCAGUGUACGACACAACUAUGUGCCUUAUGUCGGUAAUGGCCUAUUAGGCCUAGCUUUAGACCAUGAUAGUCAUAUUAAUAUCAAACAUGGGCGGACAUUAUCGCUCCCCGUGAAAUAUCAUCCUCUAUACAUCAUAGAGGAUCCAGACAUGAAGGAAUUUACUGUUGCAGAGUAUAAAAAAGGUAUCAUAAACAGAUUUCAAUGUAGUAAUAGUGGCUUACAGAUUACUUAUCAGUAUUAUGCUCACAGAACGAUACCGUCACUGUUUGUGCAAGAAAUUUGGGUCAACAAUCCAUCAAAUAAACCUAGAAGUGUAAAAAUUUCAACACCCAGGGUGUCAGACUGGCCCACAGCUGUCAAACAAACUGUAAAACUUCACCAAGGUGUUGACACAAAGGAGUAUGAGGUAGUCACUGGAAUGCUUGAAAUACCAGACAGCAAUAAUGUUAUAGCCAUCGCUAUUGUAUGCAGAAAACUUGGAAAUACAUUACAAAUUGAUGCUCGUGACGGUUUGGAUUUACUUAUUUUGACAACCGUCCAAUACAGUCAGCCUAUUAAAAAAUCAGAAUACGCAAAACAUAAGGAUAUAGUUGAAACUAAAGCUAUUUCAGAAAUGGAGAAGGUGAUCUCUCUAACCGGAGAUAGAGCUGCCGCUAAGAAACUAAAAGAGAACCAUGUCAGAGUCUGGCAGGGGCUGUGGUAUACAGGAUUCUACAUUUCAGACUCAAAAGUACAAGGCAUAAUUAAUGGAGACCGCAUUAAUGCUACUAUUUACUCCAUUCUGUCCCAAGUGCAGAGUUAUGAACAUGAGGAACAUAUAAAACCAAGGGAAAAAGCUGAAAUACUGCGUACACUAACUUAUUCUGAGGGCUGUUAUGGAGGACAUUCAACUUUAGAUGCAUUCAAUUUAUGGAAACCUUUAAAUAACCUAGAAAACCUGAAUAAUGUUGCUAGUGUUUGGUUGUUGACAUUAGAAAAACAUGGCUGCCACAAACUCCUCAAAGCUGGAGCUAGUGGAGUCAACCAAGCAAUGAUACUAAGUUUUGGAAGCUUACGAUUCAGCAACCAACAUCUUGAAUACAACAUCCAUCCUUCUAAACUGCACAGAGACUUUUUAUUCCGCAGAGUCAACUAUGGAAACAUGACACAUGUUAACAUAAGUGUAAUAGUCCAAGAAGACAACAAAGCGGCUAUUUUUGUAGCAUUAGAUCGCUCCGACAGAACUUAUUAUGCGUGUGACGCUGGUUGUCUCGACUCUCCAGUGCAACUCGGUCCGUACAGGAAAUAUUUCCCAGUGAAAUUGACUGAUCCGUUAACAGCUAUACUAUAUGUAACAGCAGACCAGCAGCAUAUGGAAGAACUGAGGCAUGCUAUUCAUGUGGUGGAAGUAGCGGAAGCCCCUGCGCAUGAAAAUCAUGUAAUCGCCAUGCACAAACAUGGUCACAGUUUGGGCGGAUUAAAUCCUCUAUUCUGGAUAUCUAUUAUAGCUCUAAUCGUCGUCUUCCACUUGUUCUUAUGCCGGAUAAUCAUGAACGAAUUCUGCGGCAGCGGCGUAGCCUACAAACGCUUGUAUAAUAAGCCUUGAAGUUGCCUUAUAAAGUGCUUAGCUUGACUGAUUGAUCCUAGUUAUAGGAGACUGCGCACAGACACAAUCAAAACAAAUGACUAUCU